GCCUCCCCCUCGCAAGAGAGCGAGAGAGAGAGAAAAAAUUAAUUAUAACAUCACCGCAAUUAGCCCGAUUAAUUAACCCCCCCACCACCAACCUCACAAACCCAAUUACCGUCAAACCGCAAUCGUCGUCGCGUGAGGGAGAGUCUCGCGCGGGCGCGGGAUUUUUUUUUCUCUUUCCCCGCGGCCGUGUUUGUCUCUCCCCUUCCCGCCACCACCACCAUCACCACCACCACCACCACCACACCGCCCCCCAACCAGAACCGUCCGCGCGGCUAACCCCCUCACAACCUCCUCAGGCUACCGUCGCCACCACCACCUCCGCCGCCGUCGUCACCGCCGCCUCUCAUAACGGUCGCACCCCGCGGGCCGGGCUAGGCCGGGGGAGGAGGAGGAGGAGGAGAUUGCCGCCAUGGGCUGCUUCGACAGCAAGACCGAAGACCAGCGGACGGACGAGAAGGCGCAGAGGGAGGCCAACAAGAAAAUCGAGAGACAGCUCGCGCGCGAGAAACAGCAAUACCGCGCCACGCAUCGCCUCCUAUUGCUGGGGGCGGGCGAGUCGGGCAAGAGCACCAUCGUGAAACAGAUGAGGAUCCUACACGUGGACGGGUUCGACCCCGAGGAGAAGAAGCAGAAGAUAGAAGACAUUAAGAGGAACAUCAAGGACUCCAUCGUGACCAUCACGUCGGCCAUGAGCACGCUCACGCCGCCCGUGUCCAUCGGCAACCCGGCCAAUCAGAAGAGCCUGGACUUCAUGCUCAACACGGUGACGCGCAUGGAGUACGAGAUCACGCCGGGACUAGGGGAGGCUAACUAG